UUCAUGGCUAUCAUCAUCAUGCUCUUCUUACUAGACCCAACAAAUUUCUCCCUUUUCGGUGCCUAAUGUUCCUCAUUUUUUAAUCUCCAAUCUUUCCCAGUUGCCUUUUUUUUAUUGAAUCAAUCAUUGGUACAUCAUGCAUGUUCAUACUUGUGUAUAGUGUAAGAAUUCUAUACGAGGGAUGACAGAAUCAUUCAUGUUAUCGACAUAAACCAUCAUAGAACUUGAUCAAAACAGUUCAUGGUCAUGAUCUUGUUAUCUGAAAGCUUGUGACACUUGUUCUGUGAAGAAAAUCAGCUUAUAACUAUAAUUUGGUUUGAAAAACAUCUAUGAUUAUGGUUGUAUUUAGUGUAAGAUUCUCUAUGACUUGUAGUUAAAUCUAUAUUCUGGACAGUAUAUUGGACUGCAGUUUCAAGUGUUGGAAAUUAUAUGUGAGGUCGGAGGUUUUCCUCCAUUGUAAAGAAAUUUUAGAGAGUUUACGAGGCUUUCUCUACAAUUGGGCUUUGAACAUAUGGGUAGACUCAUGACGGGGGUCUUGGUUUGGUUGAGAUUCCGGGUUUUAAGUGUUCUAUCUCGUUCUAUAAAAUUACUAUAGAUCUUGGUUUUGUUACUUGUAAUGAAGUUCUAAAAUUUAUUUAUAAAAAUUUAAUAUUUUUUGUUUUCUAAUCUUUUUAAUUAUAAUGGACUGCAGUUUGAAGUUGCAAUAGAAAAGACAAACAUACGAUAGAAGGAAUCUUGGGAGAAGUCGUGGUCGUUGGUCCCAUGAUUUGGGUUAUUUAAUGUGCUCACUAGGUGUUUGAUGAUUGUCUUGACCGGAAAUAUACGCGUAAAUCCUGUAGCAUAACUUUGAUUACGUAGAAUUUUUGUAAUUACUAAUCCUAGUUAUUAUUGGGUUUGACUUGUGGAUGGUUAAUUAAAUCUUCCUUGACGAUGGUUUAGCGAUCAUCCAUGGCUUUAUGUAUUUGUCAUUCAAGUGCCAGCAGAAGAGAACAGAUGCAGAACAAUCUGUCCUGCCCAAGCUUAUAUCGGCUAGUUGUUUAAGAUGUUGUGUUAUAAAUAAUUGAAGAUUUGCUGGGAUAGACUCUCGAAGGUGAAACAGGAAAGGGUUGUAUGGAGAUGGAGGGAAGAGUUUAUUCAGACUUGUACAGAAACACUAGUGAGGAUAUGUUCAUAAGAACGAUGAUGGAAAGUUCGGUUGGAAUACCAGCACCAACCAUGGAGAUGCUGGGAUUUAAGAAUCUUUCUAGUAACUUCCGUGCGGAUAGUGAGGAACUCUUCAAAAGCUGGCUCACCACCGGAGAAAAUCAAGGCCAUAAUUCAACAGGCUUAGUUCAUAAUCGUCCUCGACAACUGUCAAGGAUGCUAACUGAUCAAGCUAAUGGGGAUCUGCAUCCAACAAAGAGAAGUAGUGAGAACCUAACACCCCAAAGUACUUUGGCUGUUGGUGAAUCCUCAUGUGGGAUGAAUGAACAUUCAGUCAGGAAUUUGGCAGAAAAGGGGUUGCAGGAUAGCAACUUAUUCUUGGCUAAGGCAUGGUUUAAUAGUUCUCAGCCAAUGACAAGAAGUAGAUCAUCUGAAUUAAGGAGGAAGUAUGUUGCAAUGCAGAACUCACAGACAGCAAUCGGUAUAGAAGCAAUGCAUAAUGCAUCUGCGCUUCGAAUCAACCAAUUGAAACAAGAUUUCGUCAAUGAAUUCAAGGAGGAUUCAUCGUCGUCUACUUUUAGCGCCCCAAAAGUGGGUCCCAUUGAUAAGGUUUCUUCGGUUGUGAGCAUGCUAAAGGGUACGUUAGAACGCAAGAAGCUUGGCAACCAUGUUGACAAAGAAGCAAUUGAGGAUAGUUCUUUUGGAUAUCACGGUGGUCAAGAAGUCUUUGCUUAUUCACAUAUGAAUCAAGUUCGUGAAAUCCAUAUGCACGAGGCACAGGGAGGAACGUUCCAAGAUUUAACAACUGCUGGCAUCAAGGAUCCCGAGUAUGCUGACCUGGCAUGUUUUAUGGCCCCCACAAAUCUGAUCCAGAUGAAUAUUGCAUCUCAAGAACCUUCACAAAGUGAAUCUUCUGCUGCUGCACCUGUAAUCUCAACUGGUUUUGAUGUAUCGGAUGGUCCCAGUAACUCAGGUCAAUCACCGAGUGUUUGUGAGAGUCCCCGGAAGCAAGUUGGAAAUGCAAAAAGUACAGAAAAUGGCUGUGUAGCUAAAGGUGCAGAUAUCAGGGAGCGCGUGUACGGCAACCUUAAAGAAGAUCAAAAGAAUAAAGGAAAUUUAAGUCGACAUGGAUCAGUGACAUCGGCUGCCUCAGGUGCAGAGAGAGGAGAUCCCACAAAGAAACGCAGGGUGGAAAGAUCACGAAAAAUGGCAGAAGCAAAGGAAAGAACUCAAACACCCACAACUUCAUCAGACAUGCAGUCUAUUUUGAAGCGGUGUGAGAAUCUUGAGAAGGAAGUGCGGUCACUAAAACUUAACUUGGCUUUCAUGAACAGAAAGGAUUCUGAACAGACUAAGCAGAUUGAAGAGCUACAGAAACAGAAUGAGGAUAUGGGAGAUGAAAAGGAGCGUCUUUUAGAAGAGAUCGAGAGGAUCUUAUCUCAACAAGAUAACAUGUGAUCAAUCUUUGCUUUUCCAGCUUUCGGUAUUCCCCCGGAAAUCGAUAAAGUUUUCUUUGACAUGAUUAGAAUUACAGCAGAAACUAAAAUACGCAGAUUUCGGUUUACUCCUUAGAACACCAAGCUUCUAGCUAUGCAGUAAAGAUGUUCAAUUGCAAACUAAGGGGAUCAAAAAUGACCAAAUGAUGUGCUAAAAAAGAAUGAUGUAUAUGACAGUUGUUUUACAUGUAUCAAUGAAUCAUAUAUGUAUAUGGCAUGGAUUGUAACAGAAAUUGAAGCCAUAUUAAGGGUUAAAUGCAUCAAAAUGUAACAAGUUUUGUUUUAGUUCGUAUUUAGUGUAACAAUGAUUAUUUUCUCUAUUAAUGUAGUGAACGUUUAAUUUUUCCUGUU